GCAGCUGCCGACCUCUGGGGCCUGGAUUUAUCUCACAAAAGAGUACUUCACUGUGAGGAAAAUGAGUCAUUCCCCAAAGAUAUCAGUUACUGGUGUCCCCAAAUCAGAUAGUCCACGCUUGGGAAAAGGUCACAAAGUACAUUGGUCAAAUGCUAUAAAGACAAAGGGAAAACAACAAAAUAAUAAAGAUAUUUCAGCUCACACGAUACAGAGAGUGUGGUUAUCUCAUCUUGACAAAUCAAUGUUUCAACUCCUUAAGUGUACAAUUUGUGCAGCGGAACAUCAUGUGACACAUGAAAUUUUGAAGAAAGUGAGCCCUUUAGAGGCUGAGCUUGUUAAAGAUCCUUGCUUGAAGUGUAAAGUUAGAUUCAGAUUUAGUGGCGAAACAUUUCCACCUUUCAUCGUGUUUAAAAUUUUUCUUCAUACUGAAGGCCUUGGUUACAAGUAUUUCAGUGGAAAAAAUUUAUUAAAGCCGUCAAGUGAGGCUGUGGUUGAUGCUUGUAAAAUAAUGGGGAAAAAGAAAUUUUAUCAUCAAAUUAUGGAAGAUGAACGUCUUUUCCAGAAGUUCAAAAUAACUGAUGAAAUAGAUAUUGUCACCCUGAAAGAUUACAUGCAAGAACCGAAAAUGGACACACCAGGUACAAAGCAAAAAGAGACGAUGGUCUUCACCCCAUUCUUUGACAUUGUAAAAGUUAAUGAGCUCAUGUCAGAUGACGAAUUGGAAAAAGAGGAAAAGGAAUUAUUUGCCUGGUAUCAAGACUUGUAUAUUAAUAAUUCUCCAUGAUGUUAAAGCACAGCUAAUUAACAGAAAACCAGGUUAUUCAACAA